GCGGCGGCGGCGGCGGCGGCGGGGACGGCGGUACUGUCUCUUUAAGGGAGCUCAGGCUGGGGUGGCGCUUUCCUCUGCGAAGGCUCCUUUGAUAUUAAUAGUGUUGGUGUCUUGAAACUGACGUAAUGCUCGAGGUCCUGACAAGCGAUAACAUUUCUGAUAAAGAACUGAUCUCACUGCAAUCUAAAGCCUCCUCUUUUUUGGUGCUUGUUGUUGCUCCAGACCCUGGGUUUUCGCUUUUUUUUUUCUUCUUUAAAACAGAAAAGCAAAAAAAAAAACAAAACCCAAAAACCCACAUCAGGCACAUCCUAGAUCUAUUUCCUUUCUCUUUCUCUCUCUCUCUUUAAAAGAGGGGGGGGAGGGAAAAGAGAGGGGGGGAGGCAGGAAAAACCUUUUUUUUCUCCCCCCCUCCACACCGCCCCCCCUGCGUCCCCCCCCCCCCCCCCGAAUAAUCCAAGAUCAACUCUGCAAACAACAGAAGACGGUUCAUGGCUCUAGCCACCGCUCCACCAUCUUUCGGGCUGCUGAGGUUAUUAUUGCCGAUUAAUCAACAGAUAUACAGAUCAGCUCUCAAAAUGUCUUCUGUGUCUUCCGUGCAUCUUCUAAGACAAUUGCAUUAGCCUCCUGCUAGUUGACUAAUAGAAUUAAUAAUUGUAAAAAGCACUCUAAAGCCACAUGCCUUAUGAAGUCAAUGCUGGGUAUGAUUUUACAAAUAUGGUCCGGAAAAAGAAUCCCCCUCUGAGAAACAUUGCUAGUGAAGGCGAGGCACAGACCCUCGAACCUAUAGGUACGGAGAACAAGCUAUCUGGAAGGAAUAAAGACUUUUCUGCAGAUCAGAUGCCAGAAAAUACUGAUCAGAGUGACAGUGCAGAAGUGAACAAUAAGGAGGGCCAUUGCCUGCAUGUCCAAGAUCCAUCUUCCAGCAUUAAGAAGGACUUAAAAAGCUCAGUCCUGAAUGAGAAGGCUGGCUUCAAUUAUGAAAGCCACAGUAAGGGAGGAAACAUUUCAUCCUUCCCUCAUGAUGAGGUGACAGACAGAAAUAUGUUGGCUUUCUCAUCUCCAGCUGCUGGGGGAGUCUGUGAGCCCUUCAAGUCUCCUCUAAGAUCAGAUACAGAUGACACCCAAGAUAUAGCCUGCACCCCAUCAGGGGAUCUCCUGGAGACAAAUGAAGAACAAAAGAUGUCACCUAAGGCUACAGAGGAGACAGGUCAAGCUCAGAGUGGUCAAACCGAUUGUCCAGGCUCCAGCCCAACUUCAGCGGCCUCAAAAAACCCACAAGUGCCUUCAGAUGGGGGUGUAAGACUGAACAAAUCCAAAACUGACUCACUGGUUAAUGAUAAUUCAGAUACGGCACCUCUGUCUCCAGAGCUUCAGGACUUCAAAUGCAACAUCUGUGGAUAUGGCUAUUAUGGCAAUGACCCCACAGAUCUGAUUAAGCACUUCCGCAAGUAUCACCUUGGAUUGCACAACCGCACCAGGCAGGAUGCUGAGCUUGACACCAAAAUCUUGGCCCUCCACAAUAUGGUGCAGUUUAGCCACUCCAAAGACUUCCAGAAAGUCAAUCGCACUGUGCUUUCCGGUGUGCUCCAGGACAUCAAUUCCUCCAGGCCUCUUUUGCUAAAUGGGACCUACGAUGUACAGGUCACUUCAGGUGGAACUUUCAUUGGCAUCGGACGCAAAACUCCUGAUUGCCAAGGAAACACCAAGUACUUUCGCUGUAAAUUCUGCAAUUUCACAUACAUGGGCAACUCAUCAACUGAACUAGAGCAACACUUUCUACAGACUCACCCAAAUAAAAUAAAGGCUUCUCCCCCCUCUUCUGAAUCUGGGAAAUCUUCUGAGAAAAACUCUAAUAAGUCCAGCCCUACUCUUCGAGAUUCUGGAGACUUGGGAAAGUGGCAAGACAAAAUUACCGUGAAAGCAGGAGAUGACACUCCUGUGGGUUACUCAGUGCCCAUCAAACCCAUUGAUUCUUCUAGACAAAAUGGUACAGAUGCUACCAGCUACUAUUGGUGUAAAUUUUGUAGUUUCAGCUGCGAAUCAUCCAGCUCCCUCAAACUGUUGGAACAUUAUAGUAAACAGCAUGGGGGAGGACAGUCAGGAGGCCUUAAUCCAGACUUGAAUGAUAAGCUUUCCAGGGGCACUGUCAUUAACCAGAAUGAUCUAGCCAAAAAUACAGAGGGGGACCCAGUAACUAAGGCAGAAAAGGGCUCCAGUGCAGCUAAAAAGAAAGACUUCUCUAGCAAAGGAGCAGAGGAUAAUGUAGUGACAAGUUACAAUUGUCAGUUUUGUGACUUCAGGUACUCCAAGAGCCAUGGUCCUGAUGUAAUUGUGGUGGGGCCACUCCUUCGUCAUUAUCAACAACUACACAAUAUUCACAAAUGUACCAUUAAGCACUGUCCAUUCUGCCCCAGAGGCCUUUGUAGCCCUGAAAAGCACCUUGGAGAAAUUACUUAUCCAUUUGCUUGUAGAAAGAGUAAUUGUUCCCACUGUGCGCUCUUACUCUUGCACCUGUCUCCUGGGGCCACUGGAAGCUCCAGAGUUAAACAUCAGUGCCAUCAAUGCUCAUUCUCUACGCCCGAUGUUGAUGUUCUCCUGUUUCAUUAUGAGAAUGUGCAUGAAUCCCAGGCGUCUGAUGUCAAACAAGAAGCAAAUCACCUGCAAGGGACAGAUGGGCAUCUGACUGUCAAAGAAAACAAAGAACACUCAUGUACCAAAUGUGACUUUAUUACCCAGGUGGAAGAAGAGAUUUUCCGACACUACAGGAGAGCACAUAACUGCUAUAAAUGCCGUCAGUGCCGCUUCACAGCUGCUGAUACCCAGUCACUACUAGAGCACUUCAACACUGUGCAUUGCCAAGAAUUGGAUAUCACUACGGCCAAUGGAGAAGAUGAUAGUCAUGGUGUGUCUGCUAUCAAGGAAGAGCCCAAAAUUGACCUCAAGGUCUAUAGUCUAAUCAAUCCAGAUUCUAAAAUGGGGGAGCCAGUCUCUGAUGCCAUAGUGAAGAGAGAGAAACUGGAAGACAAGGAAGGGCUUAAGGACAAAGGUUGGACUGAUGGUUCCAGUGAUGAUCUUAGAAAUGUGACCUGGAGAGGGACAGAAAUUUUAAGAGGUAGCCCAUCCUAUACUCAAGCAAGCUUAGGUCUCCUAACUCCUGUGUCUGGUACACAGGAGCAGCCGAAGACUUUAAGGGAUAGCCCUAAUGUAGAAGCUGCCCAUCUGGCACGACCUAUUUAUGGCUUGCCUGUUGAGACCAAGGGAUUCAUGCAAGGAGUGCCCACUGGAGGAGGAGAGAAAUCUGGAUCCCUUACACAGCAAUAUCCUGCAUCAGGUGAAAACAAGUCUAAGGAUGAGUCACAGUCCCUGCUACGGAGACGUAGAGGCUCGGGUGUUUUCUGUGCCAAUUGCCUGACCACAAAGACCUCUCUCUGGCGAAAGAAUGCCAAUGGCGGCUACGUAUGCAACGCGUGUGGCCUCUACCAGAAGCUCCACUCGACUCCCAGGCCUUUAAACAUCAUCAAACAGAACAACGGUGAGCAGAUCAUUAGGAGACGGACGAGAAAGCGCCUUAACCCAGAGGCACUUCAGGCUGAGCAGCUAAACAAACAGCAGAGGGGUAGUGGUGAGGAGCAAGUCAAUGGAAGCCCAUUAGAGAGGAGGUCAGAGGAUCAUUUAACUGAAGGUCACCAGAGAGAAAUUCAGCUCCCCAGCCUGAGUAAAUAUGAGGCCCAGGGUUCAUUGACUAAAAGCCAUUCUGCUCAGCAGCCAAUGUUGGUCAGCCAAACUCUGGAUAUUCACAAAAGGAUGCAACCUUUGCACAUUCAGAUAAAAAGUCCUCAGGAAAGUACUGGAGACCCAGGAAAUAGUUCAUCAGUAUCCGAAGGUAAAGGAAGUUCUGAGAGAGGCAGUCCAAUAGAAAAAUACAUGAGACCUGCGAAACAUCCAAAUUAUUCACCACCAGGAAGCCCUAUUGAAAAGUACCAGUAUCCAAUUUUUGGACUUCCAUUUGUACACAAUGACUUCCAGAGUGAAGCAGAUUGGCUGCGAUUCUGGAGUAAAUAUAAGCUGUCAGUUCCUGGGAAUCCGCACUACUUGAGUCAUGUGCCUGGCCUACCAAACCCUUGCCAAAACUAUGUGCCUUAUCCCACCUUUAAUCUGCCUCCUCAUUUUUCAGCUGUUGGAUCAGACAAUGACAUUCCUCUAGAUUUGGCGAUCAAGCAUUCCAGACCUGGGCCAACUGCAAAUGGUGCCUCCAAGGAAAAAACUAAGGCUCCAUCAAAUGUAAAAAAUGAAGGUCCCUUGAAUGUAGUAAAAACAGAGAAAGUUGAUAGAAGUACUCAAGAUGAACUUUCAACAAAAUGUGUGCACUGUGGCAUUGUCUUUCUGGAUGAAGUGAUGUAUGCUUUGCAUAUGAGUUGCCAUGGUGACAGUGGACCUUUCCAGUGCAGCAUAUGCCAGCAUCUUUGCACGGACAAGUAUGACUUCACCACUCACAUCCAGAGGGGCCUACAUAGGAACAAUGCACAAGCCGAAAAAAAUGGAAAACCUAAAGAGUAAAACCUUAGCACUUAGCACAAUUAAAUAGAAAUAGGUUUUCUUGAUGGGAAUUCAAUAGCUUGUAAUGUCUUAUGAAGACCUAUAAAAACACUUCAUAGAGCCUACCUUAUCCAGUAUAAAAUCCCUCAUUAUUUACCUUUUUUUCCCCCUUCUUUUCUUUUGAUGUGUGGGUUACCAAGAUUCAAAAGUGAAAUGAAUAAUGGUCAAUGGGAAAGGAAGAUGAUAGCAAUUAACAUUUGGAACCCGAUAAAGCAAAAGUAUCUUGGAUAAAGUGUACCAUGAUAUAUAUCCCUGAGAAAUACCUCUAGACCUCAGUUAUUCUGUUUGUUCAGAAUGAACAAAAAUGUAUCUAUGUACAUGUAUGCAGUGUAUGUGAAUACAUAUAUAUACAUGUAUAUAUAAAAUGGUGAUAUAAUAAGGGACUGACCUGGUUACUUGUUAAGAAACUCAGAAAUAGUGGCCAUUUUUUUUUUAAUGAUAACAUAAAAUCUUAUGCAUAAAAGAGGGAUGAAAGAGAUAUUCAGAGAUCUUCUUUUCUUCAGGGCAGCUAACAGAAUGGCAAAAGUUGAAUAGUGAAUAAGUGCCCUAACCACCCUCAUUGGUAAAAUUUCUUAUUUGAACACAAAAAUGCAAGUUGGGGUUAGGUUUGUGUGAGGAGAAGCAGCAAGGGAAAAAUAGAGAUGGGAGCAAAACGUCUUCAGCUAGCCUGCCUAUAAUAUUUAUGUCUAUUAGCUAUGUCCAAAUGUUCAAUAGUCAUUUAGUUUGCAAUUUGGGGUAAGUUGGGCUCAGGUGUAUGCAUUGUUAUAAACACUGUCCUUAAAGCUUCCAUAGUAAUUUCACCUGGGCCUUUCUUUUCUCGGGUGAAGAACCAGUUCUUUUCUUAGACACUACUUGGUCACUAACCUCACCUGGCACAAUAUAAUGAAAGGAAUCCCUUCAGUUCAAACAGCUAGAUGAAUAAUAAGAUCACAUCAUGGGCCUGAUUUGUAGAGAACAUUAUCUCCACAGGGUAACCUGCUGUAUUUAUUUAUUUUUCCUGGUUAAAUAUAUUUUCAAAACUUUGUGGUUAGGCAGAGUCUAAGGUUACUUUUACCACAGACUGACAGUUGGUAUAUAUACUGGUCAAUCCCUUCAGAAGACUUCUUCCAGGUAUAGCUAACUAGCAUUGAAUAGAAUUCUUAGAAGUAUGUCCUCAUAGUACUUUUAAUACUUAAGGCUUUGUAAAACUAUCCAUGAAGGGAAAGCUCCUCAGCAUAACUGCUCAGGGAAAUAGGGCUAAAUAACUGAACAUUAAAUAAUUGGUUAAAGGUGCUGUUAGACGAUCCUCAAUGCUUGCUACAAGGAUGUACAAGGACUGACUUUAAUAAUUUGCAUUAUAUUGUCCCAACCAGUAGUUUAUUAUUGUUGUUGUUAUUAUUAUUUUGCCACGGAGAUGUAGAAGAUAUUACAAGCUACUGGAUGCACUGUCAGAUUAACUUAUUUCAUUAAAGAAGUUGGGAGAACAAAUAGAAAAAAAAACUUAUUUUUCUAGUAAAUAUUAAUGUAUUACAUUUCAAAUAAUGGUGCCUGACAUAUUGAAUAAUUAUUUUCUACAGUGUACGUAUGCAACAAAGAUAUUCCAUCAUGCAUUAGAGUCAGUUCUGGCUCUGCCUCGCUGUUUACAUUUGCAAAUGUAGCAAACAAGGUAAUGAAGCAACUCUUUCUAUUGCAGUAGAUAUCUUCUUUUUGUGUGUGUGUGUGCAUUAAAGUUGUAAACGGUAACAUGAAAUGAAUGAAAUUUCUUGAUAUAAUGGUAUGGAAAAUAAGAAGGAAAUGAAAAUAUUUUUAUGCCUACUUAGGAAAAAAAAAAGGGUAGCACUAUUCAUUCCAAGUACUUUUUUUUAAUUCUUAAGCUCUUAACUCACAUUGUUAUGCUUAAAAUGAUAAACAUAUAUUCUCUUUUUAUUGCUUUGUCUGUUUCAAAUGAAACAUUUCAGAAAUUAUUUUGAUAAGUGCCAUUGGACUACUCGGCACCCAUGUUUUUAUUGCAUUCUGUAGUAGCAUUGCGUUCCAUUUUUACAAUAUUAUGCAGUUGCUUUUUUUUUUUUUUUUUUUCAUUUUGUUUGGGUUCCUUUCUUUUCCAAAGUGCAGGGUCUUAAUCUCUUCAAGUUGGAUGGCCUAGAUUACUCAACUGGUUUGUGAAUGUUUCAGUGAAUGGAUUUAAAAUGUCUUUCCAAUAUUAUGUUGUCAUUUUCAUUUUUGCAUUUUUAAAUGUUCAAAAAAAAAUCAGGACUAAGUCCUCUGCUUGAGUUUCAUUGUGAAGGGUCCUAUUCUUAUCUCACUUACAUCUCGCGUAGCUCUAAUAUUUUCAUAACUGAAAGGAAGAAAUGGCAUAAUUAGCACCUGCAUUCAAAUGAUGGCAUAUCACUUUCUUUCUGAUAGAAUGUUGAUACCCAUAUCUCAAAACUAGACAGACAAAAUUGGAGGGUACCAGAGGAAAGGUACCUGUCCAACCAACAGGCAAAAUUUUGUUCAAAGCUUUCUAAGAAAAAUAAUAAAAAGUCAUGCAUAAUGUUAGCAGCCUACAAGCAACAGUAUUUCUGGACAGCUCACACCUAGCUCACUGCCAGAGGUUUUCACUCAUUGGGGCAGUAUUACAAGUAUAACUUUUUCACUUGUAUAAAACUAUUCUUGAAAAUUUUAUGUGUGUGUGUGUGCUAGACACAUGUAGGCUGCUCAAUGUAGCCAUGCAUGCUUUCCUUGCCAUCCCUUUUUCCUCCCUCACAACAGAUACAGUAGAUAUGACCAGCACAUGGAAGAUCUUUCUUUUUUAAAACUAUUCUUGAGCAUAUUUAUCUUCAAUCUAGUUUCUGUAUACUUUUUUAGUUAGCAUUGCUUUGAUGAAUCUUAUUCCACACACCUCAUUCAUUCUUAUUUUUGUUGUUGUUGCUUUUAGGAGAUAGAUGGGAUAUUGAAAAACGGUUUGUUUUUUUCCCUUUAAAAAAAAAAUUCAUAUAAGGUUACACUAAAAGUGACCCCUUUUCUUCCCCCUCCCUUUACUUGUCAAAAUCUAAAUUGCCUCUUUGCCCUACAUCUUAAGAAACAGUAAGAAAAACCAUGGUGAGGUUUUUGUUUGUUUGUUUGUUUUUAGCUUUCAGAAUAAACUUUGGAUUACUGUCCUCAUGGUCUGUUUUGAAACAGGACUUUUUUCUCAGUAUCCCAAGGUGCUCUUUUAGAGAUUUUGCCCCCUUUGGCAAAUGACAUUCCUAUGCAGAGUACCUUUUGUUAGUAUGUCCUGAAUAUUCAGUAACUAUGUGUUCUGAAUAAUGAUUCUUGUCAAAUUCGAUAUGGACCACUUCUGUCCUUUUCUCUCCCCUUGGCCUUCUUUUUAUCCUCCUUUCUCAUACAUAAACCCACACUUUGACUGUUGCUUGGGAUGGAAAAAUAGUUUACAGCCAGCAGACCUCUGAAGAUUAAGUUUUGAGAGAUACGCGCCUGUAAGUGUCCAAGAAAAGGAUAGCACUCUACAUGUUAACAAAAUCACUUAUGUAAUACAAAUGAGGGAAAUAUAGUAUGCCCAGUCUUCUCUACAUGACAUAUUGAGAUGUUCUAAAAAGUCUACUCUUAAGAUAGUGAUGUUUUGUUCUCAACUGUUCUCUUUUAGUGAAGGUAGAUUUUAGAAAACAAGCAUGGGGAUUCUUUUCUAAGGUAAUAUUAAUGAAAAGGAAAAAAAAAUAUUACUCUUAACAGCUCUUUGUUGAAGCCUGUGGUAGCACAUUAUGUUAAUGAUUGCACAUCUGCACAUAAUCUAUUAUGAUCCAAUGCAAUUACAGCUCCAAAAAUAUUAAAUAUGUAUAUAUUUUAAAUGCCUGAGGGGGAAAAAAAAAACAUUUUUCUUAGUUAAUUGAAGAUUAUCAAUACUGCUAUAAAAUAAAGGAAUUAUUAGCCUCUUGCUGUGUGGCUGCAAACUAUCACAAGGUAACCUGUCUUGGGACCUCUGAACUGUUGCCUGCUAAGUCAGUGAACAAUAAAUUAUUUCUGGGAAGUGAAAUAUUUGCCACCUUUGGGGAUGAUGAAAGUUGGGAUACCAAAGCAGGGCUGCUGGUCAUUUGUGUCUUAUAACUCGGGCUUUGGCCUAAAGAUUUGAUACAGCAAUUUUUCCCUAUCAUUGAGAUGAAGUUCCCACUGAAAGUUAAAGACGUCUUUGGUCAGCAAAGUGGGCAGAAACUUGCUGACUGCCAUGGAUUAGAUAAAAGAACACUAAGUAAAACUCAAACUGAAUAUUAUGCUAAUAUGUUAAUAAAAGGUAGGUAUAAUUAUGUAACUAUACAUGAGGAAAAGUUGAAAAAACACAGAUUGAGUCCUUUGGAAGUCCAGUAUUAAUUUUCCCAAUGAUUACUUCGACUAAAAUAGAAGGUUUAAUUCCUUCCUCCAAAAGGAACCUACUUUCAGUUUUCCAUUGCUAUUUCAUGGAUGUUUGACACAUGUGAUCCUGAUACUAAUCAUAGCAUUGAGAAUUAUCCAGGGAAAUUUGCAUGGACAUUCAUAAUAAUAAAGAGUUCUGGCAAUUGUUAGGCCAGACUCUAUCUAGUUGAUAAUAAAGAAAAUGUGAAAUGGCAACUGGAUUACAUAUACUCAUGGGUUACACUCUAGGAAAAAAAAGGUAGAAUUUCCUAUUCCAUGUUCUACUCCCAGAGAAAAGGGGAGGGGGUAGAGAAAUCAUUUUAUUGUGGGAUUUUUAAAAUGUUCUUUGGAGAAAAUGUUCUUUGAUUAUCCAAAAAUACAAAUCUUGACUUUACUUUUUCUCCUCCAUCCGUUUCACUCCACUUCCAUUAAGUGACCUACAGCAAGUCACUUGCAACCUCUGUGUGCCUCAGGUUCCUCCACUGUACAAUGGUAAAAAUAAAUAAAUAAAAUACAUUAUUAAUAAUAGUAAUAAUGUAGUACUUAUUUGGAAAGCACUUUGAGGUCCUUGGCUGCAAGACACAGCACAAAUGCCAAGUAGUAUUAUGUAGCUAAGGAGCUUGUUUAAACCCUUAGCUCCCAAGGACCAGAACAAGUUAGGUUUGUUGUUUUACUUUUGAAUUUGCUUUUUUUAUUUUCUUUUGUAGAUGAGCUGUAAAUAUUCUCACUAUGCAGUCUAUAGUGAAGACUGUGGAAAGGCAAAACUAUUACAAGGCUGAUAAAAAUCAUAGUUUUAAUGGCUACCAACAAGGCAACUAACACUGAUAGUAAUAAUAUGCCAAAUUGCUUAAAAUGGACUGUUUUUGACAAAAACAUAGAUGUUUGGGUGGGGUGGGAUAGGGUGGGGGGGAAACAUCUCAAAAUGCCAAUGUAAAUUUACCUUGCAGCAAUAUUCACCAGCAAAAAUGUCGUUCAUAUGGAAUGAUUUCAUGUUGCUAAGAAAAAAAACUCAAUUUGUAGUCCUGAUUUGAACUUUAGAAUGUUGGCUAUUAUUGUUCUGUCCUUACAACACAUGGAAUUUUUUAUUUUAUUUUAUUUUAUUUUUAUUUUAUUUUAUUUUGGUUUUCAUAGUGCAUGUUCAUUUCUACUCACAACAUGUUCUUGGUGUAUUUCUUAUGCAAACAAUCUUCAGGCAGCAAAGAUGUCUGUUACAUCUAAACUUGAAUAAUAAAGUUUUACCACCAGUUAUAAAUAA